AUGAUUUUUGGCUCUUUCAUCACCGCGGCACUGGCUGUUUUGCCGCCGCUGGUCAACGCCAUCCGCUUCAGCUACCCUACAUCAGCCGAUUAUGCGUACAGAACCAACCUCACCUUUACAAAAGGUGAUACUGUAGAUGUCACCUGGAACAUCGUGGACACCGAUCCGAAAAUUUUCAGCCUUUACCUAUGGGAGUUUGAGGCUUUCCCUCCCACCUACGAAUUGGUCGCGUACAAUGUCGACACUGAGGCCAAGCAGUCCUCAUUCACAGUCCCCUGUCGCCUCAACGCCUCUCCCAAUUGGCAACUCACAAUGAUCAACGGCACCAAUGUCUAUGUCCUCUAUGCUCAGACUGCUCGUUUCAGCAUUGCGGAGAGCAACGGAACCUGUGUUGACUCACCAUCUGGAGUGUUCAAACAGAUUGAUCAUCUAUCGGAUGACCUCAGUGACCAGAAAUAUAAGGUGCAGCCGGCCAAGCGAGUGAACGGCGGGUACCAAGCACCUCAGAUCUUGCAUGAAAAAUAA